UCCCUUAACCAGUCGCAUCCAAAAUUCAAUUCGUAAGCCGACUGAGAUUGCGAAGACAAAGCAAAACACAGUGCAACUACCCAACAGGAAAACACUCGACAAUCUUAAAUACUUCCGGACAAUGACGCCUGUCGGAAUAUUUGCCGGAAUUUGCCUUUUGUUGGCCAUAUAUUGUGCUGUGGACCCAUUCCAGCACAGUCCAACUUCUGGAUUCCCGAACUUUGAAACUUUUAAGGUGGAAAUAACGCCUUGGUCUGGAAUCCCUGUUGAAAAAGACACUGAAAAUUUGCUCCAGAAAUCUAAAAUCAAGUUCUUGAAUGAAGUGCAAGGACCGGAGAGCAUGGCAUUCGAUCCCAUGGGUCGCGGUCCGUACACUGGUGUGGCUGAUGGGAGAGUUAUCUUUUGGGAUGGCUAUAAGUGGACUGAUUUUGCUUUUACUUCGGCUAAUCGGUCUGGCCUAUGUGAUCCAAAACCAUCGAUUAUGGACUACUUGAGGAACGAGCACAUCUGUGGCAGGCCUUUGGGGCUAAGAUUUGACAAAAGAACAGGUGAUCUAUACAUUGCAGAUGCAUAUUUUGGGUUAAUGAAAGUCGGGCCUGAAGGUGGCUUAGCAACAUCGCUGGCAACUGAAGCUGAAGGAGUUCGACUGGGAUUUACAAAUGACUUAGACAUUGAUGAUGAAGGGAACAUUUAUUUCACAGAUAGCAGCACUAUAUACCAAAGAAGGAACUUUCUGCAGUUAGUUUUUUCUGGAGAAAAUAGUGGGAGGGUGCUUAAAUACAAUCCAGAUACAAAAGAAACCACUGUUCUUUUUCGGAAUCUCCAAUUUCCAAAUGGUCUGUCCCUAAGUAAGGAUGGUUCGUUCUUAGUUUUCUGUGAGGGUUCGGUUGGAAGGUUGCGCAAAUACUGGUUGAAAGGUGAAAAAGCAGGGACCUCUGAUGUAAUGGCUGUGCUGCCUGGCUUUCCUGAUAAUGUCCGAACAAAUGAAGAUGGUGACUUUUGGGUAGCAGUUCACUGUCGUAGAACCAUAUAUGCUCAUUUAUCAGCUCUAUACCCAAAACUCCGGUUCUUCUUACUGAAGCUUCCAAUUCCUGCGAAGCUCCAUUAUCUGAUGCAACUUGGAGGCCGCCCUCAUGCAGUGGUCGUGAAGUACAGUCCGGAAGGUGAACUAUUAAAGAUUUUGGAAGACAGGCAAGGAAAAGUAGUUAAAGUUGUGAGCGAAGUUGAGGAGAAGGAUGGAAAGCUUUGGAUGGGAAGUGUCUUGAUGCCAUUUGUUGCAGUUUACAAAUUAAACUAAGUAUUAGAAUAAUACUAUCUAGCACCAUACUAGGCUACGUUAAGUGAGAGUCUCAUUGAAAUUAAGUGAUUCAUUUAAUUAGUCUUCUCAUUUAAUGUCACAUCAGUGCCCUAGACUUGUGUUUUGACACCAGUGGUGUUAAAUAGUAUUACUUUUCUUAUUGUGGCCUCCUCAUUUGUAAUAUUAAAAAUUCCUUGUAAUUAUGUAGUGCCUCAUCUUCCUAGUCAUUUACUUGAUUAAAAUAGUGGUUUUAACACUUUAUUUACAAAUGUUGCAGUAUGUCUUGAUAUAUAUCUAGAAAUCAUAUGGCU